AUGCUAAAUGUACUUGUAGCUAUUAUUAUGGAGAAUUUCUCCUUAUUCUAUUCAAAUGAUGAAGAUGCAAUUAUGAGUUAUAAUGAUAUACGUAAUUUUCAAUUAGCUUGGAAUAUUAUCGAUGUCAAUAGAAAAGGUGUUGUCAAAGCUUACUAUGUAAGAUUUCUGUUACGUCUCAUUCCACGUGAACGAGUUGGUUUUGACUUGGCUAAAAAGAAAGAUCAACAGUUAUUUAAAGAAAUGUGCUAUGAAGUAGAAAUGCUUCGUGGUGGUCGGGAUAAAGAAGUCAGCUUCCAUGAUGUUCUAAUGGUUUUAGCUUAUAGAACUGUUGAUAUAACCAAAACGUUACAGUUAGAAGAACUCAUAGCUCGUGAAGAAUUAGAAUAUGCAAUUGAAGAAGAAGUUGCUAGACAGACAAUUGCAGCUUGGAUUGAACGUUGUAUUUUUAGAAAUCGCCAGAAACAUGGACAAUUGAAAUUUAAAAUGCAUUCAAACAUUGAACGUCAAAUCAGUACUACACUGGAUGAAUCCGAUGAAAUGAGUAAAAAAAGUGACUUUUUACCCUCUAAAAAUGUUCGUAUAAAAACGCAGUCAUCAAUAACUAGUAAAUCUUCAACAUCUUCAACAAUCACACUAUUAUCAUCUAAAGAUAACAGUGGUAGAAUAAUAGAAGUCCCAAUGGAUGCAAGUAUUGAAAGAGCUAGUAUGAUUAAUGCUCCACAAUUGAAGUUACCAACAACAAAAGUGACAAUAACUGGUAAUGUUACAAACCUAACCUCUAAGGAUACAGGGACAGUGUCCUGGGAUGCUACUAAUCCAGUUAGUAUUUCUUCAACACGUUCCUCAAAUCCUCUAUGGUCUACAACUAAUAUCACUAAAACUACAAUAUCAGCACCAACAAUUACUACAGUUCAUUCGAAUAAUCCACUUCAUAAAGGUAGAAAAUUAGCCUUUCAUCAAUACUCAAGUGAUUAUUCAACAUCUUCUUUAGUAAAUGAAAGCGAUGAGGAACAUAAAAAAAUUGAUAUUCUCAAUAAAAAAGAUAGUAGUAUUAGUGAGUUAGUUGACUGUGAAGAAUACAGUUUCACUUGUGAUGAUUCUGAUCAUAAUAUACCAUUACUUUCAGAUGAUAAAACAAAGAAGAAGUUAUGUAAUUCAGUUGAAAGCAUAAAUCAUCAUCAUUAUCCUGAUGGACAUAAAAGGUUGAACUAUGCUAAAUCUAACAUGGAUAAAGUAAGUAGUCAUAACAACCGAUUGAUGAGUACAACAUUUAUUGAUACAUGUUUAACAAAUGAGAAUGUAAUAAAAGCACAUAGAAAUAAGAUCGAAAUUGAAUCACCUAUGACUUUAAACGAUGGAAAAAAGUUCACAAAAUUAACUGAACCCUAUGAAUUUACAAUAAUUGAAAAUCCAAUGGGAUUAGAAGAGAUUAACCAAUGUCAACAUUAUCAUGAACAACAACUUUCUCAAUCUACUGCAUUAAAUUUAACACAACCUAUUCGUACUAAAUCAACUAUUAUCUCAUCAAUCAAGCCUAUAUCUAUUCAUAAUAAGUCAAGACAAAGUAUAAUAGCAAAAUUAUCAAAACUACCCGAUGUUGUUGAAGAUUCUGAUGAACUAGGUGAAAAACAUUGGGUAUACAGUUGUUCAACUAAUAUAGAUUCAUCUUGUUUACAGAAGAAAUUAUCACCUAAAGUAGAGUUGAAUAAUUUAAAUGAUUUAAUAACUAUAACAGAUAAUAAAAAGAAAACUGAAAAGAAUUAUCAUCAAGAAGGUGAAACUGAUCUACUGUCAAGUGAACUUGAGAGCAUUGAAAACAAAAGAAACAGUAAUAAUAAUAAUAAUAAUAAUAAUAAAAGUCAAAUAAAGCAAGUUGAAAUUCCAUCUUCAAGUUAUUCAAAUUCAGUAUUACAAGAAGAACUUCUAUUUUCAGAUAAAUUAAUUCAUCCUAAUUAUGCAUAUCAUAAUGAAGUUGAUUUCAGUAAGCAUAUAGAUAAUUCAUGUGAUGAGGUGAAAAAGUGGUGGCGUAGUCAACUUUAUCCAAAUUCACAAAUAUUACAACAACAACAGCGACAGCGACAACAACACCAACAGUAUCUUAGUCACCAUCAACAACACCAGCAGUAUCAAUCAAGUUCAUAUUCACAGCAGAAUAGUAUUAUAGGCGAAACAGAGAAUGUAUCACCAGUGGACAGUCCUAGAAAGAAACAGAUAAGAUCACAACAGAGAACUAUUCCAUCAUUAGGUAGUAAAAGACGAUCAGGUGCAGCUGCUAUAAUAUCACGUCGUCCUCCUCCUCUGCAUCAUCAUCAUCAUCACCAACAAAAACAACAGUCAAGAUUGAAUAAUCGACUCACUGUCACUAUUGAUGAAUCUACUAAUGAUGAUAUAGAUGGUAAUAAUUACAAUAAUAAUAAUAAUCAUACUCUUACUAGUACUGUUAAAAGUAGUGUUGGCACAAAAGAAAGGAGUCCACUACCGAAAGUUUAA